UGGCGGAAUUCGCCGAUGAUCAAGCCAAUUAAUAAGAGCGUGGUGCAUAAAAUUUGCGCGGGACAAGUGAUUUUGGACCUUUCCUCUGCCACUAAAGAACUUGUUGAGAACAGCUUGGAUGCCGGCGCAACGAGCAUCGAGAUCGCGCUUAAGGAUUACGGCGAAGAGUGGUUUCAAGUUAUUGAUAAUGGUUGCGGCAUUUCCCCCAACAAUUUUAAGGUUCUUGCUCUUAAGCAUCAUACUUCAAAACUGGCUGAUUUUCCUGACCUUCAGUCUCUUACAACAUUUGGCUUCAGAGGUGAGGCACUGAGUUCCCUUUGUGCGCUGGGGAGAUUGACAGUGGAAACUAGAACAAAAAAUGAGUCUGUUGCUGCACACCUGACAUUUGAUAACACUGGCCAAUUAGUAGCUGAACAUAAGACAGCACGGAAAGUUGGUACUACAGUAACUGUAAAGAAGCUGUUUUCUAAUUUGCCUGUGCGUAGCAAGGAAUUCAGUCGUAAUAUCCGUAAGGAAUAUGGAAAACUUGUAUCUUUAUUGAAUGCCUAUGCCAUUAUUGCAAAAGGAGUUCGAUUUGUUUGCACCAAUAUGUCUGGGAAAAGUGCAAGAUCUGUGGUCCUGAAAACCCAAGGAAGUGGAUCGCUCAAAGAUAACAUCAUAACACUGUUUGGCAUGAGCACAUUUACUUGUUUAGAGCCACUGAGUAUCUCUUUGCCAGGUAACUGCACAGUUGAGGGCUUUGUCUCUAAAUCAGGUUAUGGCAGCGGACGAAAUAUGGGUGACAGGCAAUUCUUUUAUGUUAAUGGCCGGCCUGUUGAUAUGCCAAAAGUAGGUAAACUUGUGAAUGAGUUAUAUAGAGGUGCUAACUCACGACAAUAUCCCAUUGUGGUUCUAAACUUCAUUGUUCCGAUUAUGGCAUAUGAUGUAAAUGUGACACCAGAUAAGAGGAAGAUUUUUUUCUCUGAUGAAGGUUCUAUUCUACAAUUUCUGAGAGAAGCUCUGGGGAUGAUCUACUCAGCCAGUUCUGUCACUUAUAAUGUUAGGAAUAUAGAUGCACCUGAUGAAAAAGAUGAUCACUUAUCUCCGCGCCCUGUGGGAUUGCAGCUGCCCUCUGAGCAGUGCAAGUCAUCAAAAAGAGCUCAAGCUGAAGAAGUAUGUGAGGAGAAGCAAGCUAAUAAAGAAAAAAUGAUAUCAGGUUCUAUUGGGAAGGGCAACAAUCUUUCAUCUUUUGGUCUCCGCAAUGAUGCUCAAAAGUCACAGGACAGGGAUUUUGGUCUCAAGGUCCACAGAAUUAAAAAGACUUGUAGCUAUUCACCAAGCCAUGAAAAUAAUAAUAUAAGUGUUGAUAUUGAUCAAGAAUGCCAUAAAGAAGCUGAAAGUGAUGUUGCAAUCAACAAUAAUUUGGCUAAUAGGCCAGCCUCUAUUGAAUCCUCACUUACCAAGUUUGUUACUCUGCAAAAGCGGAAGUAUGAAAACUUAUCUACACCCUUAUCUGAAGCCCCUAUCUUAAGAAAUGAACCGCUUCAACGUAAGUCUGAAAACAAUGAUUUGGAAUUGCAAUUUGCUGCUGUAAGCUCAUCCACAAAGGUUCACGAUUCUGCUGGGCUUCAUGGGAAUCAAACAUCCAAGCAUUCUAAAACUGCAACAGAUUUGUAUCAAACAAGCAGUCCUCUUCUGAAUGAUGGUGAUGCUUGCAUGGAAGGGAUAAUAGAGGACAAUCGGCUUCAGGAAAAAGGAGUGCCUGCUACAGAUGUGAUCAUACUAAGUGAAUCAAGGAGUGGAAAUUCAGAAAUUGAACUAGAAGAGGCACCACUUGGAUCCCAGUCGUUACUAGGUACCGCUCCUCCUUCAUCUGCUCCAAAAGCCUCUUCUACUUUGCAAUUCAAUAUGAAGGAUCUCAUGAAAAGGAGGAAGCAGAAACUAUCAAUAUCUCAUUCAAGCUUUGAUGCUUUUACUAGGACAACAUCCAAAAGGUGCUAUGCUGCUGCGACGCUAGAGCUUUCGCAAGCGGAUAAUGAAGAGUGGAAAGCUAGGGCUCUUGCUGCUGCAACCACUGAACUAGAAAGGCUUUUUAGGAAAAAAGACUUCGGCAGGAUGAAGGUGAUUGGACAAUUCAAUUUGGGUUUUAUUAUCGGAAAGCUAGAUGAAGACUUGUUUAUUGUGGAUCAGCAUGCAGCUGAUGAGAAGUAUAAUUUUGAGCGCCUCUCAGAAUCAACAGUCAUGAACCAGCAGCCUUUAUUGCGGUCAGUCAGGUUGGAAUUGUCCCCAGAAGAGGAAAUAGUUACCUCAAUGCAUAUGGAUAUAAUUAGGAAAAAUGGUUUUAUCUUGGAAGAGGAUCUAGAUUCAUCCUCAGGCAACCGCUUUAAAUUAAAGUCUGUGCCCUUCAGUAAAAAUAUAACAUUUGGAGUUGAAGAUGUAAAAGAGCUCAUAUCUACUCUUUCGGAUGGUCAUGGAGAAUGCUCGAUUAUGAGUACUUAUAAGAUGGAUACCUCUGACUCAAUCUGCCCCUCGAGAGUACGUGCAAUGCUAGCAUCACGUGCCUGCAGGUCAUCAAUUAUGAUUGGUGAUGCACUUGGAAGGAAUGAAAUGCAGAAGAUCCUUGAACACUUGGCUGAACUGAAGUCUCCAUGGAACUGCCCACAUGGAAGACCAACCAUGCGCCAUUUAGUCAACUUGGGUGUAAUUUACGAGAGAGAAAAUCCGGAAAUUACUAGUUUGUGAUGGACAUUGGUG